AUGGCCGACAUCACAGCCCGUCUGGCAGGCCUCAACCCCUUCGGCUCGGCGCCCAAAGUCGACGAUGACGACAAAGGCGAUGUCAUGGCGCCGGCCGCCGGCAUCAACUCGCGCAGGUCCGACACGGCCAAGGACCAGCUCAGAGUCAGCCGCGCGCUUCGGGCGUUCCUCCACGAGCACCGAGUCCUCUCGGAGCGCGACGCCGGGCUCGACGACAAGACUCUGACGCCGGCCCUGCGCGAGCUGCUGGCCCGCCGCAGCUUCGAGGCGCCGGCGCAUCUCGUCGACCCGGCGCACCCUCUGCCUGAGUACUUUGUCAGCUCCAGCCACAACACGUACCUGCUGGCCAACCAGCUGUACGGCAAGUCGUCGCCGUCGGCGUACGAGACGGCGCUGACGACGGGCUCGCGCUGCGUGGAAAUCGACGCCUGGGACAACGCCGACGACGCCGACGAGCCCAAGGUCACGCACGGCUUCACGCUGGUGUCGCACAUCCCGUUCCGCGCCGUCUGCGAGACGAUCCGCAGCGUCUACGACCGCGAGGUGGCGGCGGGCAGCUUCACGGCGGGCUCGGCGGGCGAUCCGGCGUCGCCCAUCCUGCUGUCGCUGGAAAACCACUGCGGGCCGCACGGCCAGCUGCGCCUGGUGCAGAUAAUGAGGGACGUCUUUGGUCACCGCCUGCUAAGCGAGCCGGUGCGCCGCAAAGGCACGCGCGAGCAGCAGGGGAGCGGUGAACAUGUCACUUUGGAGGACCUGGGGCCCAAAAUUUCCGUCAUUGUCGAGUUCCAUCUGCCCGAUGAGGACAGCAGCGACAGCGGCGACGAUGACGAUGGCGAUGACAGCAGCGACGACGAGCAGCGGCGCCAGGCCCGCACGGCGUACCGCGACCAGAAGCGGCAGCAGAAGCAGCAGCAGAAGCAGCAGCCGUCGACGGCCAUCAUCAUCCCCGAGCUGGCGGAGCUGGGCGUCUACGCGCAGUCGGUGAAACCCAAGGACAACUCGUGGUACGACCCGGGCCAGCUCAUCAACGGCCCGCAUCACCACCUCAUCAACGUGUCCGAGAGCGGCCUGGCCAAGCACCUGCCCGCGCACGCCGUCCAGAUCGCAGCCCACAACUCGCGCCACCUGAUGCGCGUCUUCCCCAAGGGCACGCGCAUCUCGUCGACGAAUCUGCACCCGGAAAAGUACUGGGGCGUCGGCGCCCAGAUCUGCGCCCUCAACUGGCAGACGUACACCACCAGCGUCCAGCUCAACGACGCCCUCUUCAACGGCACGCCGGGCUACGUGCUCAAGCCCGCGGCCCUGCGAGCCGGCGGCAGCGGCGAUCUUCGCACGGGUCGCUCAAGAAAGCUGCGCGUCCACGUCGCUGGCGCCACGGACGUGCCUCUCCACGAGGACAGGGAGCGGGACUCGAUCAAGCCGUACCUGACGUGUUCGCUGUACAGCCCGCUCAUGAGCGUCAAGGAGGAGGCCAAGCGAAAGACGGAGCCGUACAAGCACCACACGCUGGGGUUCCUUCAUCACGGCGAGAACCCACAUGCCACGAAUCCCAUCUGGGACGAGACCCUGGAGUGGCAGUAUGAAGACAACGAGCUGGUGUUUCUGCGCAUGCUCAUCAAGAGCGACGACAGCUGGGCUAGGAAUCCAAAGUUUGCCGUGGCGACGGUGAGGCUCUCGUAUGCUCCGGUGGGAUGGACGUUUGUCAGGAUGAAUGACCUCACGGGGAAAGAGUCUGACUGCACGUUGCUCGUCAAGUUUGAGUUUGAGGACUUGUAA